AAGAUUGGUGUGUGUAUCAUUUAAAGCAAUAAUGAAGUGAUGUAAUAAAGCAAACAAUUGUUUUCUGGUAUGAGCAUUUCUCGUGGACGUUUCCAGAAAUAUUAACGCACGAUCCAGCUGUUACUUGCAAAAGAUCGGGUAUGAAAAUUUUAAACGCUCAGUGAUACUUACGAGGAAUAUAUAAAGAUAUAAAGAAACACAUAAGACACCACAUCAUUUGCAGAACGAGCUCAGGAUCUUUACAAAAAGCACGACUUUUACACUUAAAAAUAAUUAUUAAAUGGCUAGUCGUAAAUUAGUUAGUGAUUCAUACUUGAACAAGGCGUUUCGUCGGGACUCUGUAUCCGAAUAUAUAGUCAGCCGAAAAGGCUCUUUGUCAGACUUGGUGUUUGCGACGAACCGGAAGUUAUCAAGGGACGCUUUUCAGACCGGAAGUACAAGAAACUCUCGUGCGCUUAGUGUAACCAAUCAGCCUUUUACAAACCAAUCACGUGAUUCAAAACGGCGCUCUACGAGUCUGUCAGGGACUUUAGGACUGGUAACUCUAGAAACAUUAACGCGCGAGAAAGCUUAUUUAGAAUGUAAAAAUGGUGGUGACCGUAAUAGCCUUUUAGAAAAGAGAUUUCAAAAGACAACGUCUUUGAAUAAUCUUCUGUUCAGUCAGAACGAAUUAGAGUCUAGACGUCAAUCAAAGACAACAUUGCUUAACGCUGCAAAGAGACGUAAAUGUUUACGCAAAUUCCAAUCACUACUGACGAUUGAAACCGCUUUUAAAAACCGACAGAAUAGGAGCAGAUUUGACCCACUGAUCCGGUUCCGUCGGGCCGCUCGAACCGUUGUCCUCAUACUCAAGGCGACUGCCAGCAGCAGACACGCCUCCCAGCAGCACGAGCAGCUCGUGUCCUGGACCCAGCUAGCAGACGAGCAGAGCACCGCGCGCCGGACGUACGACCUGUUCGGGAUCUCCUUCGACCCCAGCGUCUUCAGGGCGAAGAGGGAGAAGGUGCUGAGCAAUGAGGCCAAGGCAAUCGUGUCCUUGUACCCGUCCGACCGGACGGACGAGCAGGUGAAGCUGGUGGUCCUGGCGCUCAACCAGACCGUGGACGCCUUCGGGGAAUUCUCCAUCCGCCUCCAGAGGUCUCUAGCCAGCGUCGGUUGGUACGAAAAUUUUGACGCGAAGCGUGUGAUAAUCAGACAAGGUCACGUGGCUGAAAAUUUCUACUUAAUAAUUUCUGGAACAGCGGUGGUGACCCGGCUAGAGACCAAUCGAGAGACGGAGGAACAGCACGUGAGCACAGUCGCCAUCCUGAAGACCGGAAAUAGCUUCGGGGAGCUGGCAUUGAUGCACGCGUCGCGGCGCAGCGCAACGGUGACGUGUACGACGAACGUGGAGCUGCUGGCAGUUAAUCGCGAAGACUUCAUCGACAUCUUCAUGCAUAUUGAGACUGACCGGGAACCAGAGCACAUCCGCUUCCUCCGCUCCAUAGACCUGCUCAGGGGAUGGCCCUUUGAUCUGCUGCCUCAAGACAACCCCAGGAUAUGUCUGUUUACUUUUUUCCGCCGCGGAGUGCUCUUGUGUAAAGAUAGCAACGACACCGAUUGGAUCUACGUCAUUAAGAGCGGCACGUGUAGGGUCCUUAAAGACUUGCUGGACGCAAAACCUAACAUACCAGGACUCGAUUCAAUACCGUAUUCGUUCAACCAAUCCUAUAUCAAGUUACCUCCCAUACCUCAAGUUAAGGUUCAUGAGAGCCCAAGACUCCGCCGCGGUCCGCCGCUUCCUAGCAACCCAGCGAACACACAGAGGGUUGGUCGUUUACUGAACAGCAUUCAUGCCAUCGAUAACAUGAUAGUAGAUCAUAGGCAACAACUCAACGAGAUCUUUGAGAAGAGACACCAGGUUUUGACACGACAAGGGCACAGUGAGACGUCCGCGAUAUCACGUCAGUCACAGGUCGAACCCCAUCAGUCAGCUAGCAAGGUGUUUGUGCAAAUACAGAAGCUAGGACCAAGGGAUAUUUUUGGUUUGGAGCAGACGGUAUUCGGCCUGAUCGGGCAGGCGACAAGCUGCAGUCUGGUAUCAGACGGCGCGGAGUGCAUCCUGAUCAACAAGAAGUUCUUUAUGAAGCAUCUCUCAGACGAUUUGGCCAAACACCUAAGGCGGACGAUCCAGCCAAUACCGAGUGAAGAAAGCUUGCAAAAAACGCUUCAAGACCAGGCCAACUGGGAUGCAUUCAAGACUUUGACGGUCAACAACUUCAUCGUGCACCGGAAGCAACUCCACCGUCAUGCGCAGAAAGUCUUACACAACAUCAGCGAAUGAAUCAGCGAAUGAGACACAUCUCCCAGUUUCCAAAGAAUGACGAUAAACAAGAACCGGCAAUUGGUCAUUGCAUCAUCCGCAAAAGCGUGUGACGUAAAAAUGCAAUAGUUCAUAAUUGAAUCAUCCACAAAAGCUCGUGACUUAAACAUGACAUGGGUCAUAAUUUCAUUAUCCACAACAGCUUGUGACAACACAUUCGCAAUUGGUCAGCAUUACAUUAUCCACAACAGCUUGUGAAUACAAGCUCGCAAUUGGUCAGUAUUUCAUUAUCCACAAAAGCUUGUGACUACAGGUGAACAAUUAACCAGCAUUGCAUUAUCCUCAACAGCUUGUGACUACAAGCGCGCAAUUAGUACGCAUUAAAUUAUCCACAACAUCCUGUGACUACAAGCUCCCAAUUGGUCAGCAUUGCAUUAUCCACGACAGCUUGUGACUACAAGCGCGCAAUUUGUAAGCAUUGAAUUAUCCACAACAGUUUUUAACAAAAGCUCCCAAUUGGUCAGCACUGCCUUAUCCACAACAGCUUGUGACUACAAGCGCACAAUUAGUCAGCAUUGAAUUGUCCACAACACCUUGUGACUACAAGCUCGCAAUAGGUCAGCAUUGCAUUAUCCACAACAGCUUGUACCUACAAGUGUGCAAUUGGUCACCAUUGCAUUAUCCACAACAGCUUAUGACUUCAAGUGAGCAAUUGGUCACCAUUGCAUUAUCCACAACAGCUUGUGACUUCAAGUGAGCAAUAGGUCAGCAUUGCAUUAUCAACGACAGCUUGUGACUACAAGUGCACAAUUGGUCAGCAUUUCAUUAUCCACAACAGCGUGAGACUACAAACGCGCAGUCGCAACUGGUCGGGAUUGUGACUGCAAACGCGCAGUCGGUUGGCAUUUGUUUAUCAACAACAGCUUGUGACUACAAGUGCGCAAUCCGGUGAGCAUUGCAUUAUCCACAACAGCUUGUGACUACAAACGCGCAGUCAGUCAGCAUUUGAUUAUCAACAACAGGUUGUGACUACAAGUGUGCAAUCGGUCAGCAUUGCCUUAUCCACAACAGCCUGUGGCUUGAAAGUGCAAUUUGCCAUUAGUGAAUUAUCCCCAACAGCGUUUGACAAUUUCACUAACCACAAUAGCUUGUGACUACAUGCGCGCAAUUGGUCAGCAUUGCAUCAUCCAUAACAGCUUUUAGCUUGAACGUCCUAUGGGUCAUCAUUUUAAUAUUCAUAAACUUAUUUACUCAUAUAAACAUAUGAGACUGGAAAAUGAUUGCGCAUGUUGAAUUUUUUCCAAAAUAAAGCACAGACCAUAUUUAAAGUUUGUCAAACAGAUCUCAUAGGAAAAAUCUAUAUAAAAAUACAAAACAAAAGUUCACAAGCAAGCAUAAAAUGUAUGGUUAAUACGUUUGUAUCUAUGUACUUGUUUACGUCCGUCUGUUUCGGUCAGUCUAAAAACACGUCUAUAA